CAGCUCGCAAAUCAGACAGAGUGCCCCGGCGAACAGACGUGUGCAGACGUGCUAAAAAGUGCUCCAAGUACCCAAGCUAUCAGCCAUACAAACCCCACAGUCACACACACACACAAAAUCGCACACACGUUGAGCUGUUUUUUUGUUCGUGAAAGAAAAGAAAAAGAAGAAACAAAAAGUGCGGUGGCAAGCGAAAGAGCUUGAAAGAAAGACCCAGAGAAAAGAAAGAAAAAGUGAGAAAAAGUCAGAAAAAAAAAGAUCAUGGCCAGUGCAGAGCAAAAACACGCCACCACCGGGACCGGGAAUGGAAGUACCGGCAAUGGAGCCAUAAACGACGUGGAGCAGCCCAAAGAUGCCAAGGACCUGUUGCCGCACCUCGAGUCCCUCGAAAGGAUCAUUAAAUUGCCCGUUGUGAAUGCGGCAUGGGACAAAUCGCAGGAUGUCUAUGGCAAAGUAAAAGGCAAAAAUCGAGUCUUUGAAUGGGCUUUAACAGCGGCCGAGGAUUGUGUGACCCGAGCGGUGACAACGGCAGCUCCUUUUGUCACCAAACUAGAUCGACCAAUCGCCUAUGUGGACCAAACACUGGUCAAGGGCAUUGACAAGCUGGAGGUGAAGGCACCGAUCAUUAAGGACACGCCCCAGGAGAUCUACAAUCAGGCCAAGAGCAAGGUGAUCGAUGUGGUCCAGCCGCACCUGGAGCGUGUGGUCAAGUUUAAGGCCGCCGGCCAACAGAAGGCCGCCUCGCUAAAGGAUCUGGCCUGGCAGAAGGCCAACGAGGUGCUGGCCACCCAGUACGGCAGCCUGGCUGUCAACGGAGUGGACACCACCACGGCGCUGGCCGAACGGCUCCUGGAGUACUACUUCCCCAAGUGCGAGUCCGAUGUGGAGGAGGAUAAUGAUGAUAAACAAAAUGCCGUCGUGCAGAAUGGCAAGAGUUCUGAAAAUGACAUGCCAGUUCCCGCCAGCGAGGAUCCAGUCCUCCACACAGUUCAGACGGUUGGACGGCUAUCCAACAAGAUCUCGCGUCGCGUCUAUCGAAAUGUCUCCCGACAGAUCAAGCAGGUCCAGAAGGGCAACAUCAACGACUAUCUGAGCUCCCUGAUAGCCGCCCUCAAGUUGCACCAGUACAUCAAUUUUAUCAACUCAUCGAUGGGCACAAAUGUGGAGCAGUCGAGCAGCAGCGACACCUGUUCGCCAUUUGGAGCCACCACUUCCAGCAGCAACACCACCACCACCAGCUCCUCCAGCAACAACGCGGCGGUUGUGGCCAAGCCCCAAGUCGCUAAAAGCAAAGCGGCGGCGGCGACGGUGUCGUCUCAGUAGUGGAAAAUCAGAAGCCCAUAUAAAACUAUAUCUGUAGCUAGACAUUAUCCUCUUUCGCACACGCACACACAAGAAACCCACCCACGCCGCCCAUUCUAUAUUGUAUUUUAUUAUUUCGUUUUUUUUUUUGCGUAAUUUUUUUUCAUUGAGUACUUUAUCGCCUAUACAAGAGGUAGUACUUCCCAUAGAGGAUCAUCCAAAAGUGGAAAAGGUUUUUUAAACACGCACCCGAAAUCCAAAACCCGCCUCCCCCUGCGCACCCUGCUUUGUAAAUAUUUAUUUGAAGUAUAGCCCUCACCAUGAUAGUUGUAAGAUAUAGUAGUCGCAGAGAUCGGGAGUGUAAGAGCGUGUUUUUUUUUCGUCAAAUUUAGCUGUGCUAAAGUGCCACGCAUGCAUUGAAUAAUACAUAAUAUAUACGCCUAUAUAUGCCUAAUAUAUACACACGAUAUAUAAUAUAUAUAUAUACAUAAAGAAACGUACUACGCACACGUUGGCAUAGUGUGGUUUAGCUAUACGUAUACGUAAUCUAAUACCUAAUGCUAUUUCUAUCUCUAUUUAAUUUCCAUUGUACACUCGCUGGGAGCCCAAACCAGAUGAUGUCUAAUUGCUAAUGAAAAUGAAUUAUGCCUAUCAUAUAUAUACAACACACAAUACACACCCUCACACACACAAACACACACUUGUAUGGAGAACCUAGCCAUAAUGUUUGCUUUAAACAACUAGAUUGAUAAUAUUAAAUAUUAAUAAAAAGAACCAACGCAAAACUGGAACGAAGAACAAGAAAA